UCUCAUUCUAGUCCGUCUUUUGCUGGGUCUGGAGAACGGCUCUCUUCUUGGGCAUACUCAUGGCAGAGGUGACGAUGAUUGGCUGGCUGGUGUCUCCAAUUAUCAAAAUAGUAAUCGAAAAGGCACAGUCCUACAUGGCGAGCCAGUACAAAGGUGUGACAAGUGCCCGUGGCGAGCUUGCGAGGCUGGCGAGCACUUUGACACAGAUCCAAACCGUGGUGGCUGCCGUUGAGAGACGGCCGGCGAAGGAUCCGAACCAGGCAGCGUGGUUGAGGCAGCUCAGAGAUGCAGUCUAUGAGGCAGAGGACGUGCUCGAUGACUUCGACUACGAGCUCCUCGAAGCCAGAGUGGGGAGUGGAGGCAAGGUGAGUGGUUUCGCCUCUUCUUCUAUUAAAAUUGGCAAACGACUCAUUGGAGCUGAUGAGUGCGCGAACAAGUUGAGGGAGAUACUGAAGAAAUUGGAUAACAUCAAUACCACCACGGAGACGUUGCUUCAUGUGGUGAAGUUAAAUGUUAGUACUGAGAACCUGCGACCCAAGAUCGCUUGGGAGCGUGUCACCAGCUCCCUCUUGACCGAGGUCAAGGUUUUUGGCCGAGACAAGGAGCGGGAUGAGAUCAUUGGAGUGUUGCUCAUGCCAGUGAAGGGGUCUGUGCGUGGUGAUCGAAGCAUUCCUGUUCUUCCCAUUGUAGGUGUUGGUGGUGUGGGGAAAACAACUCUUGCACAGCUAGUCUAUAAUGACAGAAGAGUUGAAGAAUAUUUUGAGGUGAGGAUGUGGGUUUGUGUCUCCGAUAGGUUCGAUGAGAUUUCGAUUACAAGAGAGAUCUUGCAAUCUGCAACUGAUGAGAAACAUGAUGAAGUUGUGAAUUUUGAUAAGCUUCAGAGGAUCCUUAAAAGCAUGCUGCUCUCCAAAAGGUUUCUUCUUGUGUUGGAUGAUGUGAGGAAUGAUGAGGAAAAGAGGAAAUGGGAGAACAAAGAAAGAUGGAGAAAGUUGCUUGCACCUCUACAAUUUGGGGAGAGUGGAAGCCGAAUUCUAGUGACCACCCGGAUGGAAAUGGUGGCAGAAAUGUUGGACUCGAUGAGCCCUGUCUUCCUAAAGGGAUUAGCAAGAGAUGAGUACUGGUUGCUGUUCAAGAAAUGUGCAUUUGGUAGCGAAGAAUUCAGUAGAUAUCCAGAAUUACAGGUGAUUGGCAGAGAAAUAGCUGCGAUGUUGAAUGGUUCUCCUUUAGCUGCCAAGGCUGUGGGAGGGAGAUUGAAACAUAACUUGGACAUAAAAGAAUGGAAGACUAUUUUGGAGAGAGAAGUAUGGGAUGACAUUAUGCCAGUUUUGAUAUCUAGUUAUCAAAACCUACCAGUGCACUUGCAGCGCUGCUUUGCCUAUUGUAGCAUAUUUCCCAAGCAUUGGAAGUUUGAGCCUAAGAAGUUGGUCAAUUUGUGGAUUGCACAAGAUUUCAUUCGGCCCAGCGAUACGAUGGAGCGCAGAAUGGAAGAUGUAGGGAGAGACUACUUCGAUGAUUUAUUGUCGAGGUCAUUCUUUCAAACACUGAAGCAGGGCUACCGCACAUAUUAUGUGAUACAUGAUUUGAUGCAUGAUCUUGCACAGUCGGUUUCUAUCGAUGAAUGUUGCAGAAUUGAAGGUGAUAGGUUCAACAGAAGAAUCCCUCCAACUGUUCGCCAUAUAUCUGUUACCACCAACCAUCUGGAUCAGCUUAAAAACACCUGUGAAUUAAAAAAUUUGCGCACCGUGAUAGUAUUUAAGAAAUCUGAGUUUAAUGUGGAUCAUUUUCAGGAUGACAUUCUUAGAGAAUUGAAGGGUCUACGUGCACUGGAUUUAACUGGUUGUGACAUUGAAGAGUUGCAGGAAGCCAUAGGUCGAUUCACACAUCUGCGCUACCUAGCUCUGUGUGGCACUCUCAAAACCCUACCUGAAUCAGUGAGCAAGCUAUACCAUCUACAAGUGCUGAAUAUGCCUAAGAAGUGCCAGCUCAAUAGUUUACCCAAAGACAUGAGCAAACUGGUCAGCUUGCGACAUCUUAACAUCGAUAGUGAGUAUGUUUCGAUGAUAUCUGGAAUAGGGAAGCUAACUUGUCUCCAGGGAUCACUUGAAUUCCAUGUAAAAAACCAUAGGGGACAAAAUAUUGGAGAGCUGAAGGAUAUGAAGGAGCUGCAAGGUCAGCUCACUAUAAAGAACCUUGAUGAUGUUAUGAGCAAGGAGGAGGCUGCUGAAGCUGACUUAUUAAACAAAAAGCACAUUAAGAAGCUGCGACUGGAGUGGGAUUCCUGUAGAAGAACUUGCAGGCCUAUUGUAGAUGCUGAAGUAUUAGAAGGCCUCCGACCAAAUCCCAGUCUUAAAGAGCUUCAUAUCACAAGGUAUCAGGGUGCUUCAUCUCCGAGUUGGAUGGAGACAAAAUGGCUGUGGAAUUUAAAAUCUAUUUAUCUAACUAACUGCAGGAGGUGGGAAGUCCUCCCUCCGUUGGGACAACUUCCCUUUCUCAAGGUUCUACAUAUCAAAGAGAUGUCUGCAGUAAAACAAGUGGGCUAUGAAUUCUAUGGAAUUGGUGAGGUGAAAGGUUUUCCUUCAUUAAGGGAGUUACAUUUUGACGACAUGCCAGAAUGGGUAGAAUGGUCUGGGGCAGCCGACACCCAAUUGUUUCCUCGUCUCAGAAGUCUCAAGAUCUCAAACUGUCCUAAGUUGAUGAAACUCCCGCCAACUCCUCUACUGAUAAAUUUCACUAUAGAAUGUGCAGGAUUGGUUUCUCAUCUAAAAUUAUACCGCUUGCACUCAUCAUCAUCAAUCACUUUCACCUUGAGCACUUCAAGUAUUAUGAUCCUGCAUGAAGGCUUCCUGCAUCGAGAUCAUCUACGGGCUACCAAAGCCCUGAACAUUAGGUGCUGUGAAGAUCCUGUGUCGGUUGAAGGCUUAAGAGAGUUUAUUUCCCUCAGAAAGCUGCAGAUAUUUCAAUCUUAUCUCAUGGAUAAGUCCUUGUCUACUUGUCUGCAAGAGCUCAAAUCUCUCUCCACAUUGGAGAUAGUAGACUGCCCCAAUGUGACAUCCCUUCCCUUGCCAAAGGAACUGAGCCACUUAACAACACUUCAGGAGCUGUGUGUCAAGGGUUGUCAAGUGCUGACCUCGUUGGUCGGAUUGCAAGCUCUCCCUUCCCUCGAAAGAUUGAUCAUUGAACGAUGCCCAAAACUUACUUCGGUGUCUCUUCCUGCUGAUAUGAGGAGUCUUUCAUCCCUCAAGAAGUUAAGCAUAAUGUACUGCCCUCAGUUGCAGUCACUACCAGAAAAUGGCCUACCUACCUCUAUUAAGUCACUCUGUUUAAUCGGAUGCCAUCCAGCAUUGGCCAAGCAGUUAAAUGAGAAAGAGGGCCCUGACUGGGGCAAGGUUGCCCACAUCCCUAAAUUAAUCAUUCGUUAAAUGAUUGCCCUGCAAGAUGGAAAUCUUGUGAGGACUUCAGAAGAAGAUUUUUGGCAUGCAUGAAUAGCUUGCAAAGAGAUCACUUGAUUCAGCUCUUUGUUUUGCAUCGGCAAAUGAAUUGUUUGGAGGAGCAUCGAGAAGCCUCACCCAUGUUGAUCGUCACAACAGUUGAUGCAACAAAAGAUAACUCUGAAGCUGGAUGAUGAAAAGAGACAGAAUCUAUGUGCUUGAUAAAAAUGAGACAUUCGAGGGAGUAAUCGCACGUGGAUAUAAUCUUCAGGCUGGUUCAUUAACCCCAUGGCUGCUCUUCGGAUUUCUUCAACAUAGUCGUUCAACUGGAACAGGAUAGAAGGGUCUUAUAUGAUAGGUAGUCACUAAUGUUGAGCUUUGUUACUCAUGCAAUAAAAACAUAGGUGUUUAUGGUCUACAACAAAGUUAAUGGUGCUUGCCUCAGGAUCAACAUUUUUAUAGCCCAUAUGCCUCCAACUGAUCUUGUACUGCAGUUUUGGUUGAUCAAGAAACUGUUGUAUGUUUCAUGUAACAAGUCAAGAUUUUGCAUGGAACUCAUUCAUGCAAGUUGUGCCAUUUUACGUAAUCCAUAGCACCCUAUCAAAUCAAUUCAGAGCGGAGUUGCCGUGACAUCAGCCACCUAGGAGCAAUCAGAUUUGAGUUUUGGAAUUUCAGACCACCUUGGUGGUGCAGAUUUUGAACAGAUGCAAUACUCAUUUGAGUUCCACAAACUAUGUUAUCAUGAGGUCUCAAACAUAGGAGCUGCUUCUGUGAAGGGUGCCAUACCACCUAAACCGUGAAACCAUCGCCAUAUGUGGUGAUUUUUCAUGGGGAAAAAAUACAGAUAGAACCUGAAACAAAAAUCAAGAAACAAUGCACGUACAUAUUCAAGUGCUGAAUGCGGUGUUCUGCUUGAAUCCAAAAAUAUGCCAGAUGGUGGUAGGGAAAAUUAAUAAGCAUUCAGCUCCCAAGUUGAUUUUUAAGUAUAAAUGGCCUUAUGGGGGGGAUGGGGGGAGAAAUAGCACCCAGAAAGAAUAAAGGAGAUGAUCUGUGCAUACUUAAGGCUUAAUCUAGUGUUCUGCUUGAUCUCCGAGUUGGUUGGAGAUAAAAUGGCUGUGGAAUUUAAAAUCUAUUUAUCUAAUUAACUGCAGGAGGUAGGAAGUCCUCCCUCUAUUGGGACAACUUCCCUUUCUCAAGGUUCUACAUAUCAAAGAGAUGUCUGCAGUAAAAGAAGUGGGCUAUAAUUUUUAUGGUAUUGGUGAGGUGAAAGGUUUUCCUUCAUUAAGGGAGUUACAGUUUGACGACAUGCUAGAAUGGGUAGAAUGGUCUGGGGCAGCUGACAGCCAAUUGUUUCCUCAUCUCAGAAGUCUCAAGAUCUCAAACUGUCCUAAGUUGAUGAAACUCCCACCAACUCCUCUACUGAUAAAUUUCACCAUAGAAUGUGCAGGAUUGGUUUCUUAUCAAAAAUUAUACCGCUUGCAUUCAUCAUCAUCAAUUACUUUCACCUUGAGCACUUCUAGUAUUAUGAUCCUGCAUGAAGGCUUCGUGCAUCGAGAUCAUCUACGGGCUACCAAAGCCCUGAACAUUAGGUGCUGUGAAGAUCCCGUGUCGGUUGAAGGCUUAAGAGAGUUUAUUUCCCUCAGAAAGCUGCAGGUAUUUCAAUCUUAUCUUAUGGAUAAGUCCUUGUCUACUUGUCUACAAGAGCUCAAAUCUCUUUCCACAUUGGAGAUAGUAGACUGCCCCAAUGUGACAUCCCUUCCCUUGCCAAAGGAACUGAGCCACUCAACAACACUACAGGAGCUGUGUGUAAAGGGUUGUCAAGUGCUGACCUCGUUGGUUGGAUUGCAAGCUCUCCCUUCCCUCGAAAGAUUGAUCAUCGAACGAUGCCCCAAACUUACUUCGGCAUCUCUUCCUGCUUAUAUGAGGAGCCCUUCAUCCCUCAAGAAGUUAAGCAUAAUGUACUGACCUCAGUUGCAGUCACCACCAGAAAAUGGCCUACCUACCUCUAUCAAGUCGCUCUGUUUAAUUGGAUGCCAUCCAGCAUUGACCAAGCAGUUAUGUGAGAAAGAAGGCCCUGACUGGGGCAAGGUUGCCCCCAUCCCUAAAUUAAUCAUUCGUUGACUGAUUGCCCUGCAAGGUGAACAAGCACCCUUCUUUACCUUCAGCACUGAUAUAUUUCCUGUCAAAGAAUUGCUUUCAAAUUCUAUCGAAGAGGUGUAGGAGUAGCAAUCCUAGCACUGUUGCUGAUUUACACCAUUUACAUGCGUAUGCCAUUGUGAAUUUUGAAAUUUAUAUGUCUUUGUGGAUUAUUAUUCUCACAAGAAGAUUGCCCUGUCCGAUAUAGUUACAAGUUGGACAUCUUGUGAGGACUUUGGAUGAAGAUUUUUGACAUGCAUGAAUAGCUUGCAAGGAUAUCACUUGAUUCAGUGCUUUAUUUUGCAUCAGCAAAUGGUGGGUAGGAUAUGAUCCAGAAUGUUAUAACUUUGACACACUCAAUUCUGCCAGUUCUAACAUUUUAGAUUAAUGUAAAGAACCAACAUAUUGCACAUAGUUAUAUCAUUUGGAGGUUCAUACAGAAUUGUUUAGAGGAGCAUCAAGAAGCCUCAACCGUGUUGAUCGUCGCAACGGUUUACGCAACAAAAGAUAAUUCUGAAGCUGGAUGAUGAAAAGAGACAAAGAAUCUAUGCGCUUGAUAAAGAUGAGACAUUCGAGGGAGUCAUCACACAUGGAUAUAAUCUUCAGGCUGGUUCAUUAACCCCGUGGAUGCUUUUCGGAUUUCUUCAACAGAGCCGUUCAACUGGAACAGAAUAGCAGGGUCUUAUAUGAUAGCUAACCAAACUUGAAGUAUAAUUUGACUUGUGUUUACACUACUGUAAGCUUCUUCUGUUGUUACUCUUUUUGUUCCUUCUGUUUUGUUUCCCCCUCCUUUUUUCACAUGUAUGAUGAUUUUCUUGUCAUUGUGGUUAUUCUUUCUUUCUUCAUCAUAGUCAACCUAGUUUUGAAUUCAUGAAUAUCCUUUAAGUCCAUCUCUUUACUCUCGUGAUUGAAGCUGAUGUCCUUAUUCAGUUAUUUGUUUAGAUAAAUUUGCUUGUGUUAGUAUCAUUGAGUUAAAAACUACACCAAAUGCAUGAAACUCUUCAACCAUGGAAGAUGUUCUGAUUUAUGGGAACACCCAUUAUUUCCAUUUCCUUGGUAACUCCAGCAUAUCUGAGAGGAUGUUUCCACAUUAAAAAAAAAAAAAGAAAAAGAAAAAUUGUAAGUUCCUCACCAAGGGAAAUAUUGUCAAAAUCAUACCGGUCAUAUUGAAGUCAUUUUAGCUGAAACAAGUUUUGAUAUAUACUUUUUCAAGCUACGAUUACUGGGAAGGCUCCCUUUCCCUCAAUGCAAGUCCUUGAUUUUCCACCAAUGUUUCGCCUCCAUGUUAUUUGAAAAUUCUUUGUGAAGUAUCUUGAGAACAUAAAGAAACUUUGUGCUCUGGGAUAAAAGAUGAGCUGCUUCUAAUGAUAAUUAUGAUUACUGCAAGUAAAAAGACCUUCAAGAUAGCAUAUAGAAUUAUAAAACAGAGAACCGACAUCGUAACCAAAUGGCAUGAUUAAGGCCAUGUUCUGCUAGUGCAAAUAUAAUUAUUGAAAUUAUAAAACCUCCAGUUCUGCAGGAAACGAAUUGGAGCAGCCUUGUGUACAGUUCUAUACAGUAAACCCGCCCUGUGUAAGUUGCCUAAAUAUCUACAUAUGCCAUCUCUUAAAUCUAGCCUGUCCUGCAAACAGACCUGUAUUGAGAAUUUGUUGCAUGAAAAGAUAUAUUGGCAUCAUGAAUAUGAGGUAGGAUCAAAAGGACUCCAAUGAAUUAAACUUGUGCAAAUGGGCUGCCACCUUGGCAUGCUUUUGCUUGUUUGGUAGCAAUUUCUGGUUUGAACCUAUGUUGUUGACAGAGAAUCUAGGUGGUUGACAAGAAGGAGAAUCUGGAGGGAGUGACAAGACUCAGAGAUAUAAUCUCCAGGCUGGUGCAUGAGCCCAAAGGCAAUUUUGGAGAUUUCCUUGAUGCUGUUGUUCCCCUGCCACAGAAUAGCAGGGUCUGAUAGAUAACCAAACUUUACUUUCGCCCUGCGUCGCUGGUGAAGUAAGCUUCUUUCUUGUUCUGUUUUAGUUUCUUCUGUCUUGUUUCUUCCCUACAUUUAUGGUGCUUUCCCUGUCACAGUCUUUUGUUUUGUCUUCAAAAUUACCCAGUUCUGUAUUCUUAAUUCCCUUCCUUUUGGGUAAGGAUUGAGCGUUUCUUAGUUUCAGGCAUUGAAGUUGAUGCCAUGCUAUCUGUGUAAACAAUUUUUUCUGUAUUAAUGCUGCUGAAUUAUACAAA